AAAUGGAACAAGGUCUUGAGUCAACUCAAGCAACUCGGAGGCGGAAGCAGCCAAGCCGUUUCAAUAAGUCGACCAUUAGCCUUGCACCCCUUCACCUGUAAUGCAGGCCAUGCAGCCUUAAAAAACCCUAAUCGUACUAAACUGCUAAUCGUUCUCGAGCUCAAACUCGCGAGGCAUUUGGAGCUUUCAUGGAAGUCACCAACUCUUCUCUCCUGUACUCUCGCGUUCUCUUUUCCGUUUCUCGUCGCUCAGGACCUCCUUUCACCCAUCUCCCUUCCUCUUCCAAUGUCAACCGCCGUUUCCUUUGCUCGGUUGUGAGAAGCUCGGCAAGAUAUGCUAUUCUCGGCGCUGGCUUCGCUGGACUAUCAGUUGCCUGGCAUCUUCUUCAGCACUCUUCGAAGGAGUCUGGCAUGAGUAUAGAUAUCUAUGAUGAAUCUGGCUUAGGUGGUGGUGCAUCUGGUAUUUCUGGUGGACUCCUCCAUCCUUAUUCUCCUAAGGGAAAGCUUUUAUGGAGAGGUUCAGAGUCAUGGGGAGAGUGUUUAAAGCUAUUAGCAGCUGCUGAAAGAGCUUUGGAGCUAAGCUAUUCAAGCAAGCUCGGUCAUGAUCAGUCAUGCUCUUUGGAUGGACCUAUAAUUUUGAGAAGGGGAAUCUUAAGGCCUGGAACAAAUGAGACUAAUGUAGAGAUUCUUAAAGCGAAUGCUCAAAAUUGCCUCACAAGUUGUCCUUUAGACCUCCUUGCUGGGCAAGCUGCAACUUCUCUCGUACCAAAUCUAUCAGUUCCAUUCAAUUUUGCUGUUUUCAUGCCCUUGGCUAUGAAUAUUCAUCCAAAGAGGUAUCUUAAGGCACUUUUUAUGGCUUGCAAAAACUUUGCAAAUGAAGUAUCUUCGACGGCCCAAGCAAUGACAGAAAUUAGUCUUUUCAAAAAACAUGUCGAAAGGCUCCAUGAACUAGAUGGAGAGUAUGAUGCAGUUGUUAUAUGUCUUGGUGCCAAAGCAGAAAUGCUUCCAGAACUCUCUGGGAAUCUCCCUUUGAGGAACUGCAGGGGAAUUAUAGCAGAACUUGAAUUGCCCGCUGAUGUAGGAGAAUAUAGUGAUCAGAGCCCCUCAAUCUUAUCUGAUGCAUGGCUUGCAUUCCAAGGUCCCCAAAAUUUGCUCAUGGGAUCAACAUGGGACUGGUCUUCCAACAACUAUUCAUCUCUUGUUUCUUCUUCUGAAGCAGCAGAAGCUAUGAAAGAGCUGCUUCCAAAGGUCUCAGUUGUGUAUCCAAACAUAAAGAAGUGGGAAUUUGUUAGAGCAAGAGCAGGGUUGAGAGCAAUGCCGCCGCUGACUCCUUUCGGAUCGCUGCCGCUGCUUGGGUCUGUCGGGGAAGCGGUCGGACGAAAGGGCGGUAACUGUCGAUGCUGGUUGGUCGGGGGGCUCGGCUCGAGGGGACUUCUGCAUCAUGGUUUGAUGGGGAAGUUGAUCGCUGGAGCGGUGGUUUCCUCUAAUGAAGGAGUGAUUCCCUCUGAGUUGACUUCAUGGAAGAGAAAGGAAACUUGUGGCAUUUAAGUUGUUAAUAGGGCUAUAAACAAGCAGAGCUUGAGCGAGCUCUAGCUUGACUCGUGUUUAACUCAUUCAAAAUUGACUCAUGUUCGACAUUGCUCAUGAACAAUGUAUUCGUGUUCAACUCAAUUUAUAUAUUCUUGUUCAUAUCCAGCUUGAAACUGACUCAUUUAAAUUAAUUAGAAAA